GAUGAAAUUACGAUGCGGUAAAGUAGUUCGAUCUUGAACUGAUCCGUAAGUAAAACAUGCGCCCCGCUCCAAGGGGAAUCACUCGGCUUGAUAUGCAACCGCUCGCUGGUACACUGUGUGCGUUCAUUGUGUAAGUACGCACGUUACUAGAAUGGUUAGUGUUCCAUUUACUGUCCAGCGAUUAAUCGGCGUCACUCGUCCACGGUCAGCACAAAAUGCCGAGUCGAUAAGUUCGCUUCAUUCAUUCGCCCGCAGUGCACGGUUUCGAAAACAGUGAUUGCGGAAGUCCGCUACACCAAAUAGCAGCUUUUACCAUUCGCCUUCAGGCUUGGGCUGGGUCAUGGCGACCAAUUACAUCACGACCAUAUCAAAAAAGUACCCCUCCUUUCGAGAUGAACCCUUAAAAACGGUCUACCGAUGGUUGGACGGUAAGCGGCAGGACGAUGGUGCGGAGGGGCUCUGGCGCAUUCACGACACCCUGUACGACUUUACGGACUUUAUCGAGCGUCAUCCCGGUGGCCCUGAGUGGUUGCGCCUAACAAAGGGCACCGACAUUACGGAAGCAUUCGAAACGCACCACGUCACUGUGCGAGCGGAGGGCCUGCUGGGAAAGUACAAGGUGCGCGAGGCCACCACACCGCGAGCGGUUCAACUGACGUUCUGUGACGAUGGGUUUUACCGGACGCUGAAGCGCCGAGUGCGCGACAAGCUGAAGGAUAUCGACUAUGGUCCAGCGCAGCGAUCGAAGCUAAUCAUCGACUCGAUGCUGGCGGCUGCGUUCGGUCUUGCGUUUCUUGCCAUCCGGCUGCACAGCUAUGCACUCGCCACCGUUUCGGGACUGUUCGUUUGCUGGACAAUGAUAAGCGCUCACAACUUCUUCCACCAGCGGGACAAUUGGCGCAUGCUGGCGUUUAAUUUGGCCUUCUCAAGCUAUCGUGAGUGGCGUAUUUCUCAUGCGUUAUCGCAUCAUAAUUUCCCGAACUCCAUAUUGGAUUUGGAAAUUUCCUACUUUGAACCGUUUCUGUGCUGGUUGCCGAAUCCGUCCAUUAAGAGCUCGGUGAAACGAAUCGCAUCAUGGCUGUAUGGCCCGCUGGUUUAUUCGUUCCUGUUUUACGGCGAAUUUGUUAAGCGUGUGAUAGAAACGUACGAAACGGGAAAGAACACCUUCUUCCUGGACGAUCUUGUGACACUCAUACUGCCGACGUUUAUGUACGUGGUGGGUGCUACCAGCCUGUGGGAAGUGAUCAAGAUGUGGCUGUUCAUCGUGCUUGUCGCUAGCUUCCUGUUUGGUUUGAUCGGACUGAAUGCGGCCCAUCAUCAUCCGAAGGCCGUGCACGAUGGAGAUCAAAUACCCGCCGACAUUGAUUUUGCCGUCUAUCAGAUGGCCGCCGUGAUCGAUCGGUCGGAUACGAAAGGAUCACAGUUCAUGGUGCUGACCAGCUUUGGCGAUCACUGUUUGCACCAUCUCUUCCCAACGCUCGAUCACGGCAUAUUGCCCCAGCUGUAUCCGGUGUUUUUCGAAACGUGCCGUGAGUUUGAAACCGUCUACCGAGAACUACCUUGGCUGCAGCAGAUCAUAGGCCAGCAUAAACAGCUGGCACGCGUCGAAACGAUGACGUACAAACCGUCGGAAAAAUUCAUUUAAUUCUAGCGAAAGUAGCACCUAGAACCAAAGAUAGUAGAAACAAUUGCUAGCAGAAAUGAUUUUUGCAGCAGUGAAUGACUAGCAAUACUGUGUACUUGAUUGUGAUUGUUUGUAGAACGUGUUAAUGAAGCUGGUUCGUAAAUCCUAUUUUUUUUUGCAAAAGUAAAUAAAAAUAAAGAGCUGACGGGGACUGAAUAAAUGGCCAAAAACUGAA